AUGAACUGUCAAAGAACAUUAUUCCGAGCCCUAAGAGCCGUUCCUCGGCGGCAUGUCAGAACCUUCACCAACUUCCCAAGCUUCCCCGUUGGAGGAGGAGGAGGUGGCGGCGGCGGCAACAGCCCGCCUGUUGCAAACAUCCCUAUGCCUUACAUCACCGAGGUCUCGGAACGAAUUGUCUGCCUCAACGGCGCGAUCGACGAUACCGUCUCGGCCUCGAUAGUCGCACAGCUACUAUGGCUCGAGUCCGAUAGCCCCGACAAAGCAAUCACCAUGUACAUCAACUCCCCGGGCGGCUCAGUCUCAUCAGGACUGGCAAUCUACGAUACGAUGACAUAUAUCAAGUCGCCGGUGUCAACGGUAUGCCUUGGCGCCGCGUCGUCGAUGGCAGCGCUGCUCUUGACGGGAGGCGAGGCGGGCAAGAGAUACGCACUGCCGCACAGCUCCGUCAUGAUCCACCAGCCGCUCGGCGGGACGCAGGGCCAGGCGUCGGACAUCCUCAUUUACGCGAACCAGAUCCAGCGCAUCCGCAAACAGAUCAACGAGAUUAUGAAGCGGCACAUCAACAAGUCGUUCGGCCAAGAGAAGUACAGCCUCGAGGAGAUCCACGACAUGAUGGAGCGCGACAAAUACCUGACGGCGGAGGAGGCCAAGGAGAUUGGCGUCAUUGACGAGAUACUGACGCGGAGAGAGGAGAAGGACCUGAAGGAGAAGGAUUCGACGGACGAGAAGAAGACUAAGCCGUAA